AGGGGGAGGGGGGCGGGGAGGGGGAGGGGGAGGGGGAGGCGGUCUUCUGCCGCUUGGGCGGUGCGCCGGGGUCGGCGGCCUCGCUCUCCCGCUUGUCGCCUGCGCGCGCGCGGGGGUCGGGGCCGAAGAGCAGGAGAGCUAGAUUCGACGCCGCGCGGCACUGUUGGUGGCAGCCGGCUCCGAGGAUUCUUCCUCGGCGGCUGCUGCCUUCCUUCUUGGCAUUAAGAGCGCGGCGGAGCGCCGCUUCGCCUCUACAAAGCUGCUCCUGCCGCCGAGUCUCCGAGCUG